UUGUAGUACAUGGUGCUAAUUAACGCCCAGCAGUAAUAGCCGUGUAAGACCUCACGCAUGCACCUUACGCUUACGCUGCUCAUGGCUUCCUUUUUAUUGACUUUCAACUCCGUAAUCUGACUCUUUAUCUGUUGUUAAAAGUGGUGGCAAGAAACCCAAUCCUAUUUCAGUUAUCUGGCUGUAAUCAUCGACCUGACCGCUGUCCAGUCCUGUUCUCUGGUGACCUGACACCACUCCUGCGUAAUUCGCCUGCUACCCUUGCCGAAUGGCCGGACGCGACUCCUGCGAGUUACCUACAGCCAUUGGGAACAUACACGGAACAAGCAUAAAGCCACCUUGAAGCUAAAACAAGACCAAGAACUGUCUCAGGACACACGGGCAGCCUCGAUGGACUUCGGUGGUUCUGCUGUGCGGAAACGUUGGCGAUCUUCCACAUUAUCUGCUCUUCUGCCAUCUGUCAGUGACAACUACCAUCAAUCCCAGGCAGACACUAGCUAAAUACCAUCGAAAACGCACUUCACAGCUGCUACAACUCUUACCAAUCACACUAUCAAACAAAUGCCUGCAGCUGUUGAGGGAAAAAAAAAAAACACCUUGGGGUCCCUGCAGCUUCAUAAGCCAGCAAGGUUCAACCAUCCUCUCAUCGCCAUUCAGAAUAAAACAGCGAGAAGUUGGAGUGCGAUCAUCAGCCGCAGCAGAAACGAUUUUAAGAGAGGCCUCUUCAACUUUAUAGCCGCCAUGCCUGCCAUAGGCAACUUGGACAACAGGAUAGCAAAUGCACAUCAGCUGCUCACGCAAGAUGUUGAGAGGUUUUGUAACAGCGUGGUGAACCAGUAUUCAAACUUAAGCAAGCUAUUUUUGGAUAUCGUUCUGUAUAUUGUCAAGCUGACAAAUGCUCAGGCUAUAUAGGUUAAGAUCCUUUAACCUGUCCUGGGACCAGCCAGCAUGAUGGCUUACCUACUCGUAGCUGACCUUUUCCUUACACACCUUAGAAGGGGGGGGUUUGAGCAAAUCGUGUAACAUAGAAAUGCGCUUGAUGAAGGCAUGCACUAAGUAUGCAAUAAAUUGAAUGUGUGUAAAUCCUU